UUGGACUGACCUAUGAAACUGUGGCGAACUGUGGACUGCGUCCUUAUGCCAAAUAUAUCGUCCUCGGCUUUAUCCGUCAAUUAAUACCGUUGUUUGUAAGAGACACCAUGACCCAGUUGGAGGAUAAGCACUCACAAGUGGACGGCACAGAUACUAAAAUGGACGUCAUAGACGCUGAAAUGCACUCCACUGAAAGGUGACUUCCAGCCACUUCACCUUCCCAAACUUUUGAAUAUGCCAGGACUUCAUGAUGAGCUCCAACAGCACAGACCCUGGCCUCUACCUGACCAUCAGCUCCCCAGGAAUGGGCAUCAUCUACCCAGACACCAACACUCUCCACAGGGACCCCUGGCCAGAGCUAACCAGCCCGGAUGACAAGGACUCCUUCCUCAGUGGCCUCUUCAACCUCACAGGCUCGCUCAAUGAGACAGUGACCUCUCUGACCUACGACCCUCUGGGGGGUCACACAGUGUGGCAGGUGGUCCUCAUUGUCUUCCUCACUGGCCUCCUGUCCCUGGUCACCAUAAUUGGCAACAUCCUGGUGGUGGUAUCCUUCAAGGUCAACCGCCAGCUCAAGACUGUCAACAACUACUUCCUGCUCAGCUUGGCUGUGGCUGACCUCAUCAUCGGGGUCAUCUCCAUGAACCUUUACACCACCUACAUCAUCAUGGGCCAGUGGGCCCUGGGCAACUGGGCCUGUGACCUGUGGCUGGCUAUUGACUAUGUGGCCAGUAAUGCAUCCGUCAUGAACCUGCUGGUCAUCAGCUUUGACCGUUACUUCUCCAUCACCCGGCCCCUCACCUACCGCGCCAAGCGGACCACACGGCGGGCUGUCCUGAUGAUUGGCCUGGCCUGGUUCGUGUCCCUGGUCCUUUGGGCCCCAGCCAUCCUGUUCUGGCAGUACUUUGUGGGGGAGCGCACAGUGCCCCCUGAUAAGUGCUACAUCCAGUUCCUCUCAGAGCCCAUCAUUACAUUCUGCACCGCCAUGGCUGCCUUCUACCUGCCUGUCACUAUUAUGAGUGUGCUCUACUGGCGUAUCUACAGGGAGACACAGAACCGCGCGCAGGAGCUGGCUGGCCUGCAGGGCUCAGGGAGCCGAGGCAGGGGAGGGGAGAGGGCUCACUUCGUCCACCACCAGGCUGGUAGUGCCAGGAGCUGCAGCAGCUAUGAGCUGACCCAGUCGUCCCAGAGAAAGAGCCCUGGCCGGGCGCUGGCCGCACGCUUCCACUGCUGGCCCAUGAUGCGCUCCUGGAGGCCUGGCAGCACCCGGCCUGGGGAAGGGGACGCUGACCACAGCAGCAGCGACAGCUGGAACAACAACAAUGCCAGGCUGUCAGUGGACCACUCAGGCUCGUCUGAUGACGAGGAGGGAAACGGUAGAGGGAUGAUGCCUCAGGACCAUGCCAUCUUCUCCAUAGUCCUCAACCUGCCGGGGAUGAAGGCAGCCGUCAACUCCCACCUCACCUCCUGCGAGGACCUGGACCUAGCCUCAGAAGAGGACCCGCUAAGGGGGGAGGAGGACAGCCGGGAUGGCCUCUCUACCACCACCACUACUACCACCCCUGAUGGGGCCAACACAGACAACAGCAGCUACCACCAACGCUUCCCCUCCCGGAUAUCCAAAGUCCAGUCCAUGCCUGCCCUCCAGGCCACCAGAGUGGGGCCGCUCUCUGGCUCCUCUGCCACCACCACCAAAUCACCCUCGGCGCCCAUCUCCUUCAAAGACGCAGCUCUAGCCAAGAGAUUCGCCUCCAGGGCAAGGACGCAGAUCACCAAGCGCAAGCGCAUGUCUCUGGUGAAGGAGAAGAAGGCGGCACAGACCCUCAGCGCCAUCCUGUUUGCCUUCAUCAUCACAUGGACACCCUACAACAUCAUGGUGCUAGUCAACACCUUCUGUAAUGGCUGCAUCCCCGAGGCUCUGUGGGCGCUGGGCUACUGGCUGUGCUACGUCAACAGCACCGUCAACCCCAUGUGCUACGCUCUGUGCAACAAGACCUUCCGCACCACCUUCAAGAUGAUACUGCUCUGUCGCUGGGACCAGCGCAAGCGGCGGAGGAAGCAGCAGUUCCAGGAACGGCAGUCCGUAGUGUUCCACAGGAGAAUUCCUAAAGACUCAACGUAGCGGGAUAUAGACAGAGGAUGGAUGAGGCAUCCUAAAGGUUCUGUCUGUGGUUUUUAACUGCACAGAGAUUCCCAGGGAGGCGGCCAUAUUGUUGCUGUGGUGUCUGAUGUUCUCUGUGGAGCCACGACCUCCACAGUGACAUAUUCCUCUGUUUCUUCAAGAGAGCUCCCGUGGUGAAAGCUUCCUCUAGAUUGUUCCAGUUGUCAGCAUUUCAGAGAAGUGCAGCUGAAAGGACUGACAGUGAAAACCAAUAGAACAAGGGCUUAAAAUGCAAUGAGGGGACAAUUCAAAGUGCAAUUGAUACCUAGGAAGAUAAUAUGAUAUAAUAUGUGUUAUGGAUUUGGGGUUUUCCAUUUCUUACCAUUUUCUUCUCAGUGGUUGAGCUGUAUCGUGCAGAGCAGUUGGGGUUUUCUAAGUAAACUGUACAUCUGUUAUAUCGCAUUGAAAGCCAAGUCCAAAACAUUGUGCGUCAAUAGACUGCAUCGUAUUGAUUUUGAGCUCCCUUUUGGCUGAGCAAGAUGUUUUUGUUCUUUUUUACUCUGACUUCUGUACAUUGCCUUCAACUUGGUUAUAGCUUUCUUGUGUCUUAUAAAAUGAGAGAAUUUAAAACAAAACGGUGUCCUAUUUGUGACAACCGGUGUUUCAAAGUUGAUGGUUAUUUUUGUGUAAUAAAUUGGUCUAUAGAUUUUCGUCUAUAGAUUGUGAGCCAGUCUGAAAAUAUUUCUGAGUACCUCAGUGAGCUGGUAUUGUGUUCAAUGUGAGUUGUGGUUUACAUGCUGGAGACAGUAAGUGCAUCAAUUUAUUCAAUUGUUGUUAAUGUACCCGAGGUUUUUGAGUGAUGGUAAUAUGAUAUUUCUAACUUGAUACCUAAUGAUUAAUUGUACGCUAAAAAGAUUGGUCAUUAUGAAUUGUAAUGUUUUGAUUAUAUUUGAAAUAAUAUUUGAAAAGGUUUCUCCAUUUCUUCUCACUGGCUGUCCAAAUGUAAUUCCCUAAGUAAAAGAUUGGUCUGUGGUCUCUAGAUGAAGUCUCUAGCUCCUAGAGGAUUUAGCAGUGCCAGAGCAGCAUCUGCUGGAUGAAUAUAAUUCUACACUCUAGUAACUUCCAGCUUACUUCCAUCAGGUAAAUGCUGUUGUGGGUCCAUAAGACAGUGGGAGAUUCAGUUUUGGAUCAAAGUCUGUCCUCCAGUCCUCCGCCCUCCUCUCCUCGGUGACACAGAAACCGAAAAGUGGUAGGAGAGUUUCAAUUCAGAGGAUGCUCAGCUGUGUCCUUACACGGAAGAGUUUUGAAAUCUACCACACACCCUUUGAAACAGCAGUUGUUUUCUCAGAGGAGAAAAGCAUGCACACAUUUAAAAAAGGAUGUGUUACUUGUCCUUUCAUCUAUAAAAUGUCUAGUUCAACUCGCUACAUGUUUAACACUUUACACUGGUAUUUUGGGAUUCCACCUCUGUAAACAUUAUUUGCAUGAUGAUGCAUUAGAGAGAGGAGAGUCUCAUUUCAUAUCAGCGUCAUGUUUCCACAUUCUCAUCUUGCCUCCUCGCCUCAAUUCUCUAUGAGCUUUUUCUAAAUGAGGUGAGGAGAGGACAGAAGAGAGGAAUCUAGGAAAUCCACAGAGAUUCUCCCAAAGCUGAGAAUA